CUAACUGUUUAAUUAUCUAAUUAGAAACAAAUUGUGUAAAUGUGCUUGAUUGAAGAGCUCUUCGAACUAUUCUAUAAUAUAAUACGUUUGUUUGUUCCUUUCUUCGCCACUGAAAAACACAUAUGAAUCAAAUCUCGCUGGUGCUAUAUUAGUCGUGAAAGAAUAUUAGAUUCAUUUGACUGAGAGAACAUGUCUGAGACUAAUACGAAACAAUAUAAACGCGUGUCUGAGUUUUAUGACGAAAAGACAUUAUUUAUCACUGGAGCCGCUGGAUUUCUUGGAUCGGUUCUGUUAGAAGUUCUUCUCAGAUGUUUACCUGGAAUUAAAAAUAUUUUUAUUCUACUAAGAUCAAAGAAAGGAGUACUUCCGAAUGAAAGAAAGAAGCUUAUAUUCCAAAAAAGGGUAUUCUGCAAACUUCUAGAAGAAAAUCCGAAUGCUCCAGAAAAAGUGAUUGUUGUUGAAGGUGAUAUCAGUGAACCUAAUCUUGGAAUGAGUGACGAAGAUUUCAUUAAAGUAACCAAUGAAGCAACUAUUAUUUUCCAUGUAGCAGCAACGAUCAGUUUCAUAAAACCUUUAAGGUACAUUGCAGUGCAUAAUUGUGUUGGCGUGAAAAAUGUGAUUGAAUUAGGGCGAAAAAUGAAAAACUUAGAGGCAUUAGUAUAUACUUCAACUGCCUAUUCAAAUUCAAAUCGCUCUCUAAUCGAAGAAAUAAUUUAUCGUCUGCCUUGGAAUGGAGAAAGAUUCUUAAAAGCAUUAGAGUCCGAUUUGAAUAAUGAAUUUGAAAAAUUAGCUGCCGAUUGCAAACCGAAAUGGCCAAACAGUUAUACUUUCAGUAAAUGUUUGUCUGAAAAUAUCAUAGCAGAUAUGGCGUCGGAUCUACCUGUGAUAAUUAUUCGUCCAUCAGUAAUAGCAACUAUUUGGAAAAGUCCUUUACAAGGCUACGUUGAAGAAGGAUCUGGUGUUGUUGAUCUUCCACUAGGGAUCGGAAAAGGUUUUAUUAGAGUUCUCGUAGCUGAUAUGAAUUCUCGUUUUGACUUGGUACCAGUAGAUAUUGUGGCUAAUGUUCAUGUUGCAGCAGCCUGGAGCGUUGCUACAGAAAGACUACCAUCCCUUUCAAUCAUCAAUUGUACUGGAGGACCAUGGAAUGUAACAUUUGAAUUAUUUUCCAAGACUUUGAAAGAAAUGGCUUUUAAGCAGUUGAUUCCGAAGUCUUUUCAAAUGCCGUCGAUCGUCUUUGUAAAUAACGCAUACUUGUAUAAAUUAUUGGCACUCUAUGAGCACUAUCUCCCUGCUUAUGUUUUUGACGCCAUACUCUAUCUCAAAGGAAGUAAAUUCAGGUUGGUUAAAUUGUAUAAGUUUCUGGAUGGACUGGUGGACCAAUUGAUUUUCUUUCUCAGGAAUGAAAUUGAUUUUAAACAAGAAAAUUAUAUUGCACUUGCUGAACAAAUGGAUCCCCGAGAUAAAGAAAUAUUUUCCAUGUACCGAGAUGAUAUAGAUAUAGUGAAAAUGUUCGACGAAAUUCCAAAUGCAAACCCUUAUUUUGAUUGGAAAGUUACUGAUAAGCUGACACCAAAAGAAAGAAGGGAACUAGUUAUAAAACGUACCCUCGCUGCACACCUCGUCAAGGGCGUUACAUUAAUACUCUUGGGAUAUAUUUUGUACAAAUGUCUGUAUCUAAUAUUUACACUGAUUUUUUAGGUUGUUUUAGAAAGAUUGCAAAAGGAUUUUUGUUUAAUUUAUAAGUUAUGAAUUUACUGUUUUUAUAAGAAAAUAAAAUAGUUUAUUUAUUA